AUGACGAUGGCGUCCCGGUGCACGGAGCAGGCCGUGCAGGAGUUCUUGAUGGAGAGAGGAGGGAGGGUCCAACAGAUGGAGCUGAUCGAACAUUUCCAAUCAGUGUGGGGGGAGACUGACCCGUCGAAGGAAGGGGUGGAUCGCGAGGUGCUGAAACGCAUAGUGGAAAACGUGGGUUUCGUGCAGGUGGAAAACGACGUGAAAUUUGUGUGUCUGAACACCGAAGGAAUCACGGAAUCGGUGAUGCGUGGGGACACAGACGGCCACGAUCACCCGGAGUGUAACGGGAAUAUCCAGGAGACACUGGACAACAACUAUGUCAACAGCUACACUGACAACGAAGGCCAAACAGGUGAAGAACACCUAUUGUUGAUGAAGUGUUGUGUCUUUUUAACAAUCAUUUAUCCGUGCUAAGGUAUGGGAUUGAUUUGUGGUAUUUACUGGGCAUAGUAUUCUGUAUUUAAUCAUAAUAUGGUCGAGCAUUUAAAUGUUGUUAUUAUUAUUGUUAUGGUUGUCUUAUUGGUGCAUUCACGCUUUUUGGUUCAACUGCAUUGUCUUGCAUAAACCUUAAAAAAAAACCCAUAGCUAACAAAUAUCUCGUGGCCUGUGCAUGCUAUAUAGCUACAAAUUGUGACAAUACAAUGACUGAUGCUUUAUGUUUUGACCCAUUUCUUCUUCUGAAAAAAAAAAAAAUGUGUAAAAAAUUUCUUUCCAAAUCCAAGAAAAACAAAAUAACGGGGAUUACACGAUGUCUGAGCAUACCUAUAGGGAUUACAGUGGAAAGGUUGCACUUGAGUCAGUUAAGGUUCAGAUUAAGCAAUUGACACCCAUUACACUUUAAUUCAAGUAUGUUCAAUGGCUCUACAGGUGCACCUAUUCCAUUGGCUGCCAGCCUGGAUAAUGAAAAGCGGUCUAAUGGCAAUGACCAACCUGCAGCCCCAUCUAAGAAUAGUCGGAGCAACACACCAAUUCCCACACCUGGUGGAGGAGGGGAGGUAAAGCUGAGGGACAGGAGGAGGCGAGAGUCAGCCCCAAUAUUAGGGGUUUCAGAUCUGGACCAGGCUCAUUCUGCAUUGUCCCACAACCAGCAGAUGAGAGGUUCACGCAGGGUGUCCAGGGGCUCCCAGAGAGCCAUGCUCAUCAGCUGCCUGUCUGAAGACAGCCCCUUUGAUGGGCUAGACCACAUUGGAGAUAUCAACACACCCAAAGGGAGUCGCAGGAACUUCAUAGAGCUGAUGAUGAGCAGUUCGCCUCAGGUAGGAUAUUUGUUUGUUUGCUGUGGAAAACAAAACCUCCAGAUAGAAGAUUAUUAUUAGUAAUAAUUCUGUCUGUGGGAACUUUCCUGGAGGGCGGGGUAGUUGUAGUAAGUCACAAUGAAAGCAUGUGAGAGAGUGUGUCAACAAAAACAGCAAUAAAGAUUUCAAGAAAAAAGCUGUUGCCCUGCUUUUGAUUGUUUUGAACAGGGACAGCAUACUUUCAGCCACACCUGGCAGUGAUGUCACACCAGGACUGUGUGUGUAUGUGUGUGUGUGUGUGUGUGUGUGUGUGUGUGUGUGUGUGUGUGUGUGUGUGUGUGUGUGUGUGUGUGUGUGCUUAAAUACCUGAGUGAGACACUGUCAUCCAUUAAGUUAAUUAAGCAGGUUUCCCUGCAUUUGCUGUGGUCCGACUUAAAGCUUGGUUAAGAGAGCAGCCUCUGGCAGCUCACAGUGAUCACACCCAUUCAGGGUGUGACUGGACAUGUAUUAUUCAUGAAGCCUGACUCUACAGUGACAGUAUUCUGUUUUAUAUAACUCAGAUCAGAUCAAGCGCAUGGCUGUAAUCCAGCCUGCUCUCUGUGGCUGUUCGAACUUUGACCCUUUUAUGGUGAUUGUCAAAGGCAUUAGCUGAUGUGAUCAAAUGUUAUUUAGGUCUUUGAAUCCCAUUUGACAUUAGCUUGAUGCUUCACUGAGAUAAAAAGAGGUGGUCAGUAUUGUAACAAUGAAUCUCACUGGACUUUUAUUUGUAACGCUUCAAAACUCCUUUGGAUAUCUCUCACAGAAGGGCCGCUGGGAUAAAAUGUCAAAAAUGAGAGGCAUUUUUAUUUGACCUCAAAGAUUCCCACAUUUAAUCUUUUGUCUUAAAAUAAAAUUGUGAUAAGUGCAUAUCUUUUGUUCCUAUGCUACCUCGGUAGGUUCGGCGAUCUUUGAUCAACCGUGGCACACGCCUGCGUGACUCAGUAAAGAGUGAUGGAGACUCCACAUCGAUCCUCUCUUCGACCACCGAUGAGGACUGUGCCUCAGUGACCCUGGACCCCCUGGAACAUGAGUGGAUGCUGUGUGCCUCAGAUGGCCUGUGGGAGAGCCUGCAGCCGCUGCUAACUGUGGAACCCAGCCUGGUGACCAAAAGAGACUUUGUGACAGGUUUCACCUGCCUCCACUGGGCAGCCAAACAGGGCAAAGCUGAGCUGCUUUCCCAGCUGCUGGAAUUUGCCAAGGAAAACUCUAUACCCGUGAAUGUGAAUGUGAGAUCAAGUGCUGGAUACACACCACUACACCUGGCUGCUAUGCAUGGACACACACAGGUGGGUUGCAGGGACAAUGGGAGUUUAGUGAGGGGUCAUGUGUUACACCAGCUCAGUGAGGCAGCACAUAACUUUACACACUUUAUCUGCUGUAGCUAGAAUAUUUUACGUUUCUUUUUGUGCAAAACAGAGUCUUUGCUUCCUUAUUAAGAAAGGCACCAUAAGGACAGAAAAAAUAUAAACUCAAUAUAAAAUGUAUUAAAUGACUGUGAUAUAAUGUAGAAAUAUAAAGUCAGCAGGUAGACUAUUGAGCAUGUGUAAAAACCUGGAGCACAUUUCAUCACUUGAACAUCCCUGUGUGUAUUUCCUUUGUUUUGAUUGACAGGUGGUUCGUGUGUUGCUAUCAGACUGGGAGGCGGACCCCGAGGCCCGAGACUACAGCGGUAGGCGAGCCAUCCAGUACCUGCCCCCACCGCUUGCCGCCAACCUGCAGGAGGAAGGAGUGGUCACCUCACCAGGAGCCGAAUCAGACAACGAAAACUCCAACAGCAGCAGUGGGGGCCGUGGCUGGCGGUUUCCCAGAGUCCUGCAAGGCAAUCUGAACCCACUGCGGCUCCUGAACCCACCAGCUGAGGCAUCAGAAGAAAGGGGAGCCACUGAAAAGACCAAGGGGGGGAUGCAGAGGAAGUCGUCUCUGGGUCGGCUGAAUGCUCGUCUGCAUCGUGGACGCCACCGAGCACAGAUCAUCCACAGCGCCUCCUUCAGGGACUCAGGGGAGGUGGGAAAAGGGGAGGAGCUUCCCAGCAGUCCUCUUCGAACACGACCACUAUCCAACCUUUUUGGAUGAAGUCUCAAAACGCAGAUCUGGAAAUACAGAGAUAUAAACCAGCACGGAUUUACAGAGCUCACUAACACUUACAGACUGACACAUCAGGCACUUUUUCCCCUCAGAUCCACAGGUCACAUUUUGAUAAACAGAUUUAAAAGUUUUAUCAACAGAGGUUUUGAAAUCACCUCUGAUCUAUGUUUGUCUUAAAUCUAACUUAUUUUGGUUCCUAUUGCAGUUGUUAGGUUUAUGUUGAUUACAUUGUAGCAUUAUGUUUGCACAGUAUUUGAACUACAGCACUGAGAAUUAUGUUUGUUUUUAUUUAACACUCAGCCGUGUUAGGAGCAGGUAGCAAACUCUUUUUCAGUUUUAUAUAUUUUAUAUGUUAAACUACAGCAUUGAUUUCAAAUUGUCAAUUGUUUUCAGAGUGAAUUGAAACAUUUCAAGAGCUAAUUUUCUAUUUUUCAACCUCGUUUGAUUGAAUGGUGCUGAUUUUUGUAUCUGUGAAUGGAUUUUUGAUUUUAGUAGCAAAUAACAUAGCUGUAGUUCCUUGUCUUUCCGCACCACCACGUACAGCUGUCUUGUUGGCACUUGACACUUUGAAGAGAGUUUAGUGGUUAUGAGAGGAAACUGCUCCAACUACAACCAUGCUGGCUGAUAUAUUGGUCCCAAUCCUAUGAAAUCUUAUGUGUUCAUUUUGUUCACAUGAUGUAAGAGAGUGAUCAAACUGUUACACUCAAAGCUGUAUAAUCCUUUGUAUAUACAUAUAUAUAUUAUUGUCAGGUAUUUCUCUUUACCAUUGCAUCUGCUGAUACUAAAGUAAGUUUAAAUGUAUUGUUAGAAGUAAGGCAGGUUGCCAUGGCUUCAAUCAAAUACAAAUCACUUUAUCAAGGUGCUGAUCAAUAACACUGGGACCAUUCGGUAAGGUAAAAGCACAAGAAGAGCCAUGUAGUUUUCUGAUGUACCUCUAAUCCUCUGAGUCUGCUGCCUGGGUUCAACUGGUCUGGGCCUCUAAUAGUGGGUCGCUGCUUUUUUGUGCUAAUCCUCAAUUCUUCACAUCUGUGAAAUAUUUCAGCUAAAGGAACAAAAUCAAGUAAUCACACAGAUUAACCACUUAAUGCAGAGUUGGCCAGUUUCAUAAUGGAAUAGGUAUUUAGGUCACUUUAAAAUGGUUCCAACCUGAUCUCACUGAACCAAACUUGAUAUUUAAUAAGUAAUCACUCAGAUUGAUCUAAUGUUGCAUGUAUCAAAACAAAUUAGUUUCUGCAAUUUCUGUGAAUUAUUAAGAGUAAAGAUGAGAACAUGCAGUGUGUAGCUGAGGAGCACAUUGACUUUUGGACUGUUUUUAAUGAUGAUGUAAACCUAACAUAUGUCUAACUUAUGGCUCAAUGGCACAUUGUGUGUUUCAUGAAUGUUCCCUUAUCAUUUGUAGCUUUCAUACUUCAAUCAUAGGGGCAUCAUAGAUUUGUAUCGUUAACUCUUUUCAUGUGGAAAUGUAUAAAUUCUUAUGUCACUUUUUCAGAUGCAUGUUUGAAAUGCCGUGCACUGAUACUUUUAUACAUCUAUAACUCAUUGUUUUUGUCUUCUAUGUGAAAUACUGUGAAGUUAUUAUGUGGUGUGAAUACACUAUCACUGAGCCAUUGUCCUCUUCUUGUGCUUGUGUCUUCCUUGGAAAUGAAAUAAAACAAUAAUAAUUUUAAUCUAACUAAAGUGGGCACAGAAAACUGAGCAACAGAAAACUGCUAAAUGAGAUUUCAAGGCCAUCAAGACUGACAGCAAAUGUAAGAACACAGACUCAGUUAGAGGGAUCAAACAUGAUGGUCAGCAUUUGCCAGCCUGACACCAAGUGAUUGUGCCUGUCUGCUGGUGCUGAAUAAUUGAUGAUCUGACCUCCCCCCUCUCUCUCCCUUCUGCCAGCUCUGGUCCAGUUUUCACAGUUUAUCCACAGCUUCCUGUCUACAAGCUGUCUAUGUAACACUGCACCCAAUCUAUUCACUGUCAGUUCUUAUUCUGCACCUGUUGUGUCUGUUAUACUGACCAAUCAUUUUCAUUCAAUUAAAGAGGGUCCUCGACUGACCUGUAGCCCAGCUCUGGGCUUAUUUUAAUCAGAGUUUAGAUUAGAUUUAAUUUCCUGUCAGACACAUCCAAAUGCUGAUGAAGGUAUUCUAAAAAAAUUCAUCAGUAUUCAACAAAUUUAUCACUAGACACAUAAUUGUACCUUUAAUUCAAUGCAUAUCAUUGCAGAUGAGAGGAAAAUGUGUAAAAACUGACUGGUGAGUUAAAUAAUAUUCACAAAUCCUCAUGCAUGAAAGGGAUAUGUGACAUUUUCUGUCAAUACACUUGAUGCCUAGUAUUGCAUGGAUAGCUACAUCAUAGACAAUAGUCUCGACUGAUGUUCUUCCAGUUUCCUGCUCAGUCCUCUGCUUCAUUUUCACCAGAACGAAUCAACCAAAUAAAAGAAGGAUUACAUGUGUUCGCUCAUUACAAUCACAAAUGGGCAGCUUGUGUUUAUGUAAAUGCUCUUGAGUCAGAGUCUGCUCUUUGAUGUCCCCCUCAUCUCUGUUUAUGCCUCCCUUGUCAAAAAAGAUUUAUAGAGGUCAGCGAAGGGAUGAAUUUUUCCUGGGCCAGUAGAUCCCAGAGUUUGGUAGCCCGAGGCAGCCUAUUUGUUAAAUUGCUGCUGAUCAAGAGGCAGUAGAGAGGCUGUCUGACUGCAGCUACUGACCUACAUACAAAGUGAAGGGACUAAUGCCUAUUAUGUAAAUUCCUCUGCAAUCUUUUCAGGGAAACUGUGCCAACUUUUUGCCUGGGGCCUUUGCUGUUGGACUAAUCCAUGUCCAAUGUAACCCCAUCUCCCACUCUUUCCACUAACAACUGCCAUAGCUACAGUGGUGUUCAUCUAAAGCCUGGCUUAGAACUGGCAUUGCCAAAAAGUCACCAGCUAAUGUGUACUGUCUCAGAAGGCCACCAAGCUGCUAAGAGCUGUUCACUGUUAGCUGGAUGUUGUAGUCCUCUGACAUACAUUGAAAUAAAGUUAGCCUCACUCUGCAUAUGUUUACAUGUUUAAUUGUUAUUAAUGUUAUCUUAUUACACUCAAUUUGAGAGGAUUUACUGUGAGAUUUUGAUCUGGAAGAAAUAAACUACAAUUUGUGAAGAAGAUCUGCAACGUGAUCAUUGUUCAUUGUAACUGUAGUUUGGAGAGACAUGUGUGUUAAUGCUGCAAAUUACGAUUUCUUCUCAACUCAACGCAGCUGACCUCAGUUUUUAAGUUUGACCCACAAAAUUGAUUGGGUGCACAGACUGUCGUGAUUUAUCCAACAGCAGAUCUAACACAAAGAUGCAAGACGUCUUAACAAACUGGUGAAAAAGGCUGGCUCUGUGGUUGGACUCAAGCUGGACUCAGUGGAGGAUGUGGUGGAGAGAUCUACACUGAGGAAGGUGGAGACCAUUCUCAAGAAGGGCCAUCAAGGUGGUGGACAGCUCCUCUCUCUUCGCUGCAGAAAGAUUAAGAAGAUCUUUUGUACCAACAGCCAUCAGGCUUUAUAACUCUUAUGUAAAUAAUAGAUAACUUUUAGAGACAUAUUACGUGAGACAACAGACAAUUGAAUUUCCCUUGGGGAUCAAUAAAGUUCUUCUUCUUCUUCUUCUUCUUCUUCUUCUUCUUCUUCAAACCAGUCUUACUGUAAUUGCAUGUCAACACCGCAAGCAGGGGGAGAAAAACAUAUGUUCUGUGUAAUAAAUUUCUAAAGUUUGUCCACAGCUCCAUAAGCUUUGCUGGCGGAGGUGGUAUUUAUGACCUAUACUGCAGCCCAUCAACAGAGGGUGCUGUUCUUGGAGUGGCUUCAUCCAGCAAGGAGGCAGACUCUGUCCAUUCAGUCUAUGGGCUGCUUAUUGGGCUGCUUUUCCUCCGCGUUCAUUCCCCGGUUCCCCACAUGGCGUCGCUGUUUGAAAUGAGGCCACUGCACUGCUCCUGCAACUCGUUGUUUCUUUUUGAGGGCAAAGUUGAAGACAAGCAGAAGUGCCAUGAAGUGGGUAGUUCUUUUAUUCUCGAGAAUUCAUAUACAGUGAUUUUCCUCACAUCGGAGGCUAACUAAUGUUAGGUAAGUGAUGGCUAGUUUUACAAUGACUGCGGUGAGCGUAGCUCUGUUAUCAUCGGUGUUGGGACGAUUGGAGCUAAACGUUAUAUUUAGAGAUGCUAACGUCUACCUGCCUGUGAACAAACUGACCAAUAACGGUGGAAAUAAUGACUGAAAGUUACACAUUUAAUGUUUUUUAGACAAAGCUUUGGAUGUCUUGUUUGCUGUCCAUCUGUUGUCAAACAGCUUUCUAAUGUAAUGCUGUAAUGUUACACUAGCUAAUGUUAACGCUAACACCGUCAGUUAUUCAGCUGUUACAUCGCUAACGCUCUCCUCAGUCAUAAACACACUUUGUAUACUCUCAGUUAAAAUGUCAUUAUUUAGCUAAAAAGGUGAACGUUAACACUUUAUUUGCACAACCGUUGACUUACAUAAACAGUAUAGUUAUUAUUUACAGUACUAAGCACUGAUUUAGUUUUGUGACUAUAGCAAGUGUUAUCCCCAUUUGUGUUACAUAGUCGUUUAAAGCUUGGUUUAAAGCGCUAUUAAAGGGAUAUUCCAGCGUAAAAUUAAUUUAGGGUCAAACACACGUAACACUGAGUUAGACACCCCGUCGAGAGAUGAAUGUUGCCGACUGCUUGCUUCUCUAGUUAUACCAAUUUUAGUAACGACCGCACAAUAGCAAUACACAGCGGUCUGAGGAGCCAUACACAAACCUCAACCAAACAGCCACUCUACACUCACCGGCCACUUUAUUAGGUACACCUGUCCAACUGCUCGUUAACACUUAAUUUCUAAUCAGCCAAUCACAUGGCGGCAACUUAGUGCAUUUAGGCAUGUAGACAUGGUCAAGACAAUCUCCUGCAGUUCAAACCGAGCAUCAGUAUGGGGAAGAAAGGUGAUUUGAGUGACUUUGAACGUGGCAUGGUUGUUGGUGCCAGAAGGGCUGGUCUGAGUAUUUCAGAAACUGCUGAUCUACUGGGAUUUUCAAGCACAACCAUCUCUAGGGUUUACAGAGAAUGGUCCGAAAAAGAAAAAAUAUCCAGUGAGCGGCAGUUCUGUGGGCGAAAUGCCUUGUUGAUGCCAGAGGUCAGAGGAGAAUGGCCAGACUGGUUCGAGCUGAUAGAAAGGCAACAGUGACUCAAAUAACCACCCGUUACAACCAAGGUAGGCAGAGGAGCAUCUCUGAAUGCACAGUACGUCGAACUUUGAGGCAGAUGGGCUACAGCAGCAGAAGACCACACCGGGUGCCACUCCUUUCAGCUAAGAACAGGAAACUGAGGCUACAAUUUGCACAAGCUCAUCGAAAUUGGACAAUAGAAGAUUGGAAAAACGUUGCCUGGUCUGAUGAGUCUCGAUUUCUGCUGCGACAUUCGGAUGGUAGGGUCAGAAUUUGGCGUCAACAACAUGAAAGCAUGGAUCCAUCCUGCCUUGUAUCAACGGUUCAGGCUGGUGGUGGUGGUGUCAUGGUGUGGGGAAUAUUUUCUUGGCACUCUUUGGGCCCCUUGGUACCAAUUGAGCAUCGUUGCAACGCCACAGCCUACCUGAGUAUUGUUGCUGACCAUGUCCAUCCCUUUAUGACCACAAUGUACCCAACUUCUGAUGGCUACUUUCAGCAGGAUAAUGCGCCAUGUCAUAAAGCUGGAAUCAUCUCAGACUGGUUUCUUGAACAUGACAAUGAGUUCACUGUACUCAAAUGGCCUCCACAGUCACCAGAUCUCAAUCCAAUAGAGCAUCUUUGGGAUGUGGUGGAACGGGAGAUUCGCAUCAUGGAUGUGCAGCCGACAAAUCGGCGGCAACUGUGUGAUGCCAUCAUGUCAAUAUGGACCAAGCUCUCUGAGGAAUGCUUCCAGCACCUUGUUGAAUCUAUGCCACGAAGAAUUGAGGCAGUUCUGAAGGCAAAAGGGGGUCCAACCCGUUACUAGCAUGGUGUACCUAAUAAAGUGGCCGGUGAGUGUAUAGCUACAAAUAAUGCUCAGAACAGCACCUAACUUAAUCAACAGUACAUAUAGGGUCACAGCCACCAAACAUCUUUUUAACUUUGCCUGAUUUCUUUAGAAAAGAGACCAAAAACACAUGCCUUUUCUCUUCCAGCAGCCGCUUGUUUGUACAGAGACCUUAGGCCAGUCCACUACAGACUGCUGCGGGCUGACGCAGCUCAAGGAAGAACAUUUAUGAUAAUUUCUUAAAGGAUAUGCAAUCAGACCAAGAAGCUAAGGCAGAACAACUACCGCGUCUGCAGUUCAAAAUGAUUAUUAUGGUGAUUAUUACUUACUUCAAGGAAUUGAUAAAGAAAUUAUCAUAAAUGUUCUUCUUUGAGCUGCGUCACCCCACUGCAGUCUGUAAUGGACUGGCCUGAGGUCUCGUUACAAACAAGCAGCUGCUGGAAAAGGGUGGGUGAGUUGUGUUUAGUCUCUUUGCUCAAGAAAUCAGGCAAAGUUAAAAAGAUAUUUCAUGGCUAGUACUACGGCCAGUACUAUGACCCUAUAUGUACUGUUGAUGAAGUUAGGUGCUGUUCUGAGCAUUAUUUGUGGCUACAGAGUGGCUUUUUGGUUGAGGUUUGUGUGUGGAGACAUAGACCGCUGUGUAUUGCUAUUGCACGGUCGUCACUAAAGUUGGUAUAACUAGAGAAGCAAGCAGUCUGCAACAUUCAUCUCUCGAGGAGGUGUCUAUCUCGGUGUUACGGUGUGUUUGACCCUAAAUUAAUAUUACGCCGGAAUAUCCCUUUAACUGGUUCUGCAUACAUUGAUUUUUAUGGUAUCUUGCUCACUGUAUUUUGUUGGAAAGUGAAAGCAUCUGAAUAGUAGUUACCAUUUUUGUUUCUCUUCUCUCAGGUCCCUCCCACAUGUGCAACCAUGACAACUAUUGUCCAUGACACUGCAGAGGCAGUGUGCCUCUCCUCCGAGUACAACCUGUACCUCAAGCCUAUUGCCAAGAUGACUAUCAGCGUUGCUUUGCCUCAGCUCAAGCUGCCAGGCAAGAGCAUCUCCAACUGGGAGGUAAUGGAGAGAGUGAAGGGCAUGGUGGCCCCUGAUCAGUUUUCUGUUCUGCGGAUCUCCAAGAGCACCAUGGACUUCAUCCGCUUUGAGGGAGAAGUAGAAAACAAGACAGUGGUCAAGAGCCUGCUGAGCCGUUUGGAUGGAAAGAGCAUCAAACUCAGUGGAUUUACUGACGUUCUUAAGGUAAGGCUAAUGUUACUCUACAGCAGAGGUUCGAGGGUGAAACUUUGGUUAGACUUUUAAAUGUCUGCAUUUGUGAAAUUUAGAGGUUGUCGACUGAGAGACAAUGAGAAUGUGUUACACAGGAGGUAUUUCUUAUAUUUCAGCUCACAGUCGGAGUGCAAAAACACUUUUCAGUAUAUGAACUAUCUAGUUGUAUCGGAGUAUAUCUGUCACAGUUUACUCUGCAUGUCUAUAGCAGGAUUGCAGUAUUUGACUGCAUGCAAAUGUACUUUAAAAGCAAACAAUACAAACAAUGCACUUAAUGUUGAAUUAACCAUCUAACUAUCAUGGCCCUCAGGUCCGUGCUGUCGAGAACAAGAUAGACUUUCCAACACGGCAUGACUGGGACUCCUUCUUCCGUGAUGCCAAGGACAUGAAUGAGACCCUGCCAGGAGAGAGGCCUGAUACCAUCCAUCUAGAGGGACUCCCUUGCCGCUGGUUCAGUCAGAAGGACAGCCAGUUCCCAGACCGGCCCUCUGAGGAGGUCCUCAUUACUGUGUUCCAGACAUUUGGAAAGGUGGUGCAUGAGUCUCUUCUUCAUGUUUCUCAGUGUUUUAAGGGAAUUGACCUGAAUACAGUCUUAACAUUAAGUAAUUUUUAACUGUGAUGAUGCACAGUUGGCUCUACAAUACAAAUGUUGUGUUUAUCAAAAUGUAUAGAAAAAUAAAUUUUGAGCAUUGAUACUUUCUGUCGAAUCAUCAGCAAAGUGAGAAAGUGGCUGCUCUGUUUCAGUGUGACAGCUGAGUCCACAAACAUCCUAGUUAGACAGAAAUCACAGCAAGUCCUGUUAAAACUACCACGAUAUCAGUAUCAAGCCAAGAAAAAAGUCUAAUUUUAUUUUGAUUUUUUUUUUUAAUACUCCCUCCUUUAUUGCAGGUGCGAAAUGUUGACAUUCCCAUGCUGGACCCGUACAGGGAAGAGAUGCUGGACAAGAACUUCAGUACUUUUAGUUUUGGGGGUCAUCUGAACUUUGAGGCUUAUGUUCAGUACCAGGAAUACUGUGGUUUCACCAAAGCAAUGGACACUCUGCGUAGCAUGAAGCUGAUGCUAAAAGGAGACGAUGGAAAGGCAGUGGCCUGCAACAUCAAGGUACUACAGACUUUCUGAAACAUUUCCCUUAAGAUAUAAACAUCUGACAACAUUUGAGUCAAAGUCAUGGUAAAGUUGAAUAAGGAGGCAGCUUUCUUGAUGGGGUAAAUUAUGAUAAACAGUUUGGUUUUUAUUUGUUCACAAGCUAAAUUCAGUGUCCUCACCCCACAGGCUGAGGUAAUAGAUAUAGCUGUUAGCAGUUACGGUGCAGAAGGGAAGAUUUGAGCCAUAUUUUUAUUUCAGGCACUGGAAAAAACUAAAUUAAAAGGGCGACAGUUGUUGCGACAGGCGUAUUUUAGAAAUUAGAUAUGUUGUUAAGAGUCACACAGAAGCUUUAAGACCUUUAAGUGGAACAAGGGUUAAAGCUGUGUCAUCGUUAAUUUCAAAGUAAUGAGGGUAGGGGAGAGCCAGGUCUCUUAAUCCGAAGGAUAAAGCUUCACUGUGAAAUCUAAAUCAGGAUUGAGCCAGCAAGGAAGGGUCUUCAUGACAUGAACUACAAACAAAAACUCUAAUUCAUUUCUGUCACUUCAAAAAAGUCAUGGCUUUUAAUCUCAAUGGCUCUUGUGAAGGGAUGUAAGUGAUCUCCUGAAUGUGAAAGGUUUUAACUGGCUUCAAAAUAGCACAAGUAACAACCCUUCCUGAUGGUCAGCGCUGUACUGACUGAGUCUGAAUCGCACCUUUCUAAUAAUUUACAGACCAAAUUUCAGAAUAUAUGCUUUGAACUAUGAUAUCAAUAUAAACCCUCAAAAUGUUCCAGCUUUAGUUACUCUGAAGCUCCUAAAGCACGUUGAUCCUUUUACUUUUAGCCUUCUGUGUUUGUGUUCCUCAGGUAACUUUUGACACCAGCAAACACCUGAGUGAGUCAGCUCUGAAGAGGAGGAACCUGGAGAGACAGAAGUUACAGGAGCUCGAGAGGCAGAGAGAGGAGCAGAAAAGACGAGAGAAGGAAGAGGAGGAGCGACGUAAGGAGGAAGAGAGGUAUGCUGGAAAAGAAAUGAGAUUACAGCAAGUUUCUGGUAAAGUUAAAGGGUUAAACAUUUAAAUGCUAUUUACCUUCAAUCUUUGACAGGGAAAUUUAGAAAAUAUCGGAAUCAGAAAAUAUAGUCUCACAUUGUCCAAGUUUAAAUGUCACAUUGAUCACUUUUUUAAAAACGUUGCCAUUGUCAGUGUUUUUGCCAUUUUAAACAAGUUUAAAAAUCAAUUCUCACCUGUGUUUUGAUUUAGGAUUCCGAUGAAGGCAGUAAAAUGAACUGUACGAUUAAAGGUCCUUUCACACCGGGACUGUUUUUAUCGUGCGAUUAUUUCGGAUGUCAAUAUUUUUUUCGAACCCAUAUCCUGUCAAUAUAAUAAUAAUAAUAAUAAUAAUACAUUUUAUUUGAAGCGCCUUUCACGUCACACAAGGACACUUUACAGAACAUAUAAAAACAAUAAUAAAACACUAUUAACAAUUAAAAUCAUUAAUCAUCAAACAGUUAAAAAUCAACAAAGCAACAUUAAACAUGAACAACAGCAAAGGAAUAAAUAAAGAAAUUAAUAAUACCAAUUGAAAUUUAAUUUAAAAAAGUGGGUUAGGGGUGGUGGGAGGGAUAGGCCAGUUUAAACAGGUGUGUUUUGAGUUUAUAUAAGCGUAUACAUCAGCGACGUUUUCCCGUCCUGCGAUAUUGCAGCAUUUAUUUUUUCGGAUCAUGGUCGAUUUUUCUAAAGUUUCACAUACUGUAUGUCCACUUCUGACAAAUCAGAUUACGUGUUGUUGCAACAUCUGAUUCACCGGUAUUUCCAACAUGGCCGACCGGCUGAUUGUUUACGUGUCGGAGAACAGAGUGCUUUUUGAUAAAAGAAACAAACAUUACAAAGAUAACGUCCUGAAGGACAACUUGUGGAGAGUCAUAGCGUUGGAUCUCUCAUAUGAUGAUCGUUUGUGUGCUUUACCAGUUUGCUAAACGUCUUUGUUUUAACUUUCAUCUGUGCUAAGUAACUUUAGCUCGUAAGCUAACCUGUUCAGAUACAACAUACCAUAUGUAUUUUCACUGUCUCAAUCACGUUGCUGUCACAGCGGCAUUAGGUCUCGGUUGUUACCUUAUGUUCAUGGAUGAUAGUUUAAUGUGCUUAUCUGGUACUGGCCCCGACUCAGUACAUGCUAUCAUGACAGACAGACAUCUCAACACUAGUGUCUAAUCAGAACUGAAAAACAGUCAGUCUGGUGUUGUGUCAGUCUUCUCGCUUCCACCCGGGACGCGUCCUUUUCCCCCCUGGAAAGUCGCGAAAUCACAUCACUUGAUAUGUAUAGUCAGGCGCGUCGAAAUUCGCCUCUGAAUAUUUCGUAAUUUCACGUCAUAUAUUUGCGUCGGUCCCGGUGUGUAAGGACAAAUAAUGCUCAGAACAGCACCUAACUUCAUCAACAGUACAUAUAGGGUCCCAGUCAAAGUACUUGCCACCAAACAUCUUUUUAGCUUGCCCGAUUUCUUUAGCAAAGAGACUAAACACAACUUACCCACUCUCUUCCAGCAGCUGCUUGUUUGUGGAGGAGUCCUGACGAGUCGAUAAAGUUGGUAAAGUUUACUUAAGUAUACUUAAGUUGGUACAACUAGAGAAGCAAGCAGUCAGCAACAUUCAUCUCUUGAGGGGAUGUUUAACUCGGUGUUACAGUGUGUCUGACCAUGACUUAAAUUUAUGCCGGAAUAUCCCUUUAAGAUUAAUGAUUCAUUUUACAUUUAUGAUCUUGCACUGCUGCACUGGUGUGAUCUGAAUCCAUGACUUAAAGGUAGGAGAGGGAUUCAAAGGUUUUCUUCAGUGAAAUGCAGUCUUUAGUAUUGAAGAACAAAAUGGUUUAAAAUUGGAGUGCAUGAUUAAACUGUCAAAUAGGUCAACAAGGUGUGCGGUUAAAUGGUUUUGAUUACUCACUGACAUCUAGUCAACGCAGUAGCAUUUUCACAUGUAGGAGUUCAGGUUUAGUUGCUUUCAACAACUGUUACUGAUCUGUACACAUGAAGCGAUUGUCACCCAGGACUGUAAAGCAGAUGAAUGACCACAACAUGCCAACCUGAGGAAAUCCCGUUGGUCCCAGUCUCCCACAGUGUUGAUGGCUGACAGUCAGCUGACACCCAGAUAGUGCUGUGAACUUCUUCAAGUUUCACCCAUCCUCAGCUCCGAGCCAGUUUGCAUAAAAAUUGCGUUCUGUCAGCUUUUAUGAUGCGGUUGCGCACUAACAUUGGUCUGAUGGCUGCAAUAAUAUGCUCAGCUCUUGGGUGAGAGAUAAAAUUCCGAAUUCUUCAGUGAUAUUUGAUUGAAUUUGACACCAUGUAAAAGUCAUUUUUGACUCAUCCACUGAGUCAUCUAGAAGAUUUUACCUCUGAGUGAAAUGUGACGUUUAAUCGCACAGUGGUGUCUUUGUGUCCAUCAUGGCCACAGCAGAAAGACGCUGUAGUCGUUUGACUAAAGUGUGCAGGAAGGUAAACAAAUUUGGACAAAAUAAACAGGCUGCUGUGUUCAUUUGUGGCCCUAAACACAUCCCAUCACUCUGGGGCGUUUAUGCUGACAAACCUGGUAACAACCUAACAUGCAUGGUUGCCCUCACCCCCAAUUUCCAUCGAAUCCGGAAUGGCAGCAAAAUUGCCGUAUGCACCGAUCGCAGCUGGUCAUUUCCAUUCAAGUUAACGUGUCAAUUUCCAUCAGCCUCCCCCCCAAGCCCUGUGCAUUUUAGCGGGUUUCGUAGCCGAUUGCCAGGGUUCUAUUUUAUCCCAGAUUAUCCCGUGCAGGAAAGGAAGCCGGGCACAGACACAAAAUAAAAGAUCCUGUUUCUUUUCAAAAUAAAACACAAAGUGUUUCAGGGGGAUCGUAUUUCACACCAUGCAAGCGUGGUGGGGACGAACAAGUCAAAGGUUUCAGAUGUCAUUUCUCCCCAUUGACACCCUGGAUGAGGAGAUGCUGAUUCUGGAAGUCUAAAAGUGGAUUUCCUCCCCUGGAAGGACACAAUCUACUGCUUAUAUGGUUAUAUGGCUGUCUUUAUAGAGACAACUCGUUAUCGCGCGAUUGCAUGUGAAUCCGCAGGUACUUGUGAGUUCUCGCGAUUCUCACUGUCCCAAAUCCGCCACAAAAUUUGCCUCACGAAAGCAUCCUGUAGGAAUUGGCGGGUGGCGCUGUUCCGCGGUGGAACCAUUCCGAUUGUGCUGGAAAUUGAGGGUCAGUUACCACUCUGUGUUAGGGACAAUUACAACUCAUCGCUACACAGCUCUGCUUUAUACCAGAAAGUUACUUGUAUGAUGUCAAAUAGUCACCAAAGACAUGUUGACUAUUCCUUAGGAAACAAAAAGAGCAAGAAGAGGAGGAGAAAGAGAGGAGGAAGGAAGAGAAGAUUCGAAAGCGAGAGCAGAAGCUGCGGGAGAAGGAGCAAAGGAAAAACUUGAAGAGGGUGAGGCGGCAGCAGGAAGAGGAGCAAAAAAAGCUGCAGAUGAAGAUCGCUAUGGAGGAGAGGAGGCUGCUCUUGGCUCAGCGCAACCUCGAAUCGAUCCGGCUCGUUGCUGAGCUGCUGGCCAGGGCAAAGGUACAGUGUGCACAGACUUACAUCGCACAAACACAAGCCCAGUGGGUGAUGAUGAUGGGUCUUUGGCUUUUGUAAUUGGGCUUAUCCAGACUUCUUUAAUAGAUUUUUUUCUGUCUUUCCUCUUUUUCUGCAGAUUCUGAAGGAGCAGCAGCAGGAGAAAGAGAGGGCUGAACGAGAAGAGCUUGAGAGGCAGGAGCAGGCUCGGCAGAAAGAAGAACUAGCCCGUCUUCAGCAGCUGGAGGCCUGCAGACGCAAACAGGAAGAGGAGCUCAGGAGAGUGGAGGUGGAGAAGGAGCGAGCACUGGAGCUCCAGCACAGAGAGAAGGAGCUAAGAGAACGACUGCUCUGUAACCUGUUAAAGAAGAGCAGCGAAAAAACCACAAGACCUCCUGGCACGCUGGACGGCCCUGAGAACAGUGAGGAGGCCUCUGAUGCAGGAGGUAAUGAGGUGAUGUUGGGUGUUCUGGGACUGGUUAAUGGACUAAAGGCAGAUGAGAAUAAAGAGAAGCGGGCACCUAAAGCUAGAGCACACUCCCAAGAUUUGGGGAGGAACAGAGCCACGGAGGAGAGGAAAGGAGGAGAGGACAGGAAGAAAGACCGGGAAAGAAGAAGGGAAGAGUUGGUGAGGGGCAGGAGCAGCAGGGAGCAAGCGAGAGACCGAGACCACUACCACACCGAGAGCAGCUCCUACAGCCGGGGGAGGAGGCACUCUGGUAGCUACAGCAGGAGGAGAAGGAGCUCCAGUCACCAUAGGAGGAGCUCCAGCCACCACAGGAGGAGCUCCAGUUACCACAGCAGCAGGAGGCGCAGCCGCAGCCAUCACUGUAGGAGCACAAGCUCCAGCUGGGACAGGAGCAGGAGCAGCAGUGGGAGGAGCUGUAGCAGGGGGAGGAGUCACGGGCAGAGUCACCGCAGGUACAGCAGAGGCAGCUCUAAAGGGAGUAAUAAAAGCAGGGAGAGAGAGAGGAGCAGUCACAGUCACUACAGUAGGAGAUACAGGAGACACAGCAACUGCAGAGACAGGAGCCAUUCAAGGCGACGCUGA